AUGAGGUCAUCAUCGAUUUGGCCGGAGAAUUACACCGCCGCUCCCCCAUCGACGUCCAAUUCCCAGUCGAUCCUUCCUCCUGCGGGACCCACUCCCCACACGAAUUAUAAGCAAAGUAAUGUAUUUCAACUGUUAGCUCGGAGGGAGGUAUCUCCACGUACAAAGCGAUCUCCCAGAAGGUUCCGGGGGGACACUUCAAGAUGUCAUCUUGAAUCCUCUGGAUUAAAACGUGAAGCAGCUAAAGAUGCAAGACAAGAACUCCUUUCAUGGGUAGAGGCGCAAUCAUUGCUACAUUUAUCGGCCAAGUAUUGUCCUCUGUUACCUCCGCCCAGGUCAACCAUCGCAGCAGCUUUUAGUCCUGACGGGAAAACACUUGCUUCUACUCAUGGAGACCAUACUGUAAAAAUAAUCAAUUGUCAAACUGGGAAAUGCUUAAAGGUGUUGAAUGGUCAUCGGAGGACACCUUGGGUGGUCAGAUUCCAUCCACUCCAUCCUGAAGUUCUUGCAAGCGGAAGUUUAGACCACGAAGUUCGGUUGUGGGAUGCAAACACUGCUGAGUGUAUAGGAUCUUGUGACUUCCACCGCCCUAUAGCUUCAAUUGCCUUCCAUGCGGAAGGGGAAAUUUUGGCUGUGGCUUCAGGCCACAAGCUCUUCAUAUGGCACUACAACAGAAGAGGGGAAGCUUCUUCUCCAACAAUUGUACUUAAAACUCGCCGUUCACUCAGGGCUGUGCAUUUCCAUCCACACGCUGCGCCAUUUCUUCUAACUGCUGAGGUCAAUGAUCUCGACUCAUCGGACCCCUCAAUGAUGCUUGCAACUUCCCCUGGCUACUUGCGCUACCCUCCCCCUACAAUAUAUUUGGCAGAUGCUCACAUGGAUCAUCGAUCUAAUUUAGGAAAUGAGCUGCCCAUUAUGUCUAUACCAUUUUUGAUUUGGCCUCCGAUUGGCCGAGUUGAUGCGAGAUUACCUUCCCAGCAUACUGGUGCAGUCAUGAGCUCCGGUGUUCCACAACAGAGGGUGGAUUCCUCUUCCUCAGUGCGGCUUCUCACAUAUUCAACUCCAUCUGGACAGUAUGAACUAUUAUUGUCUCCGAUUGAAUCUAGUAGAUCUCCUCUGCGAGAAGGGUCACAAACUACUUCUUUGCGCUCUAGUACAAUACCAGCAAGUGGAUCUGGUGAUGGUGCUGCUUUUAACCGUGUCCCUCACGAGCAGAGCAAUUCGCAACCUUUCAUGAGCCAAGUUCAGUCCGAGGUUGCCACAUCAUUAGCUGCAGCUGCAGCUGCUGAGUUACCUUGUACUGUGAAGCUUAAAAUAUGGUCUCAUGAUAUGGAAAAUCCUUGCGCGCCUCUUGAUACAGAAAAGUGUCGUUUCAUUAUUCCCCAUGCUGUACUUUGUAGUGAAAUGGGUGCCCACUUUUCACCAUGUGGCAGAUUUUUAGCUGUAUGCGUAGCAUGUGUCCAGCCAAACACGGAAGCUGAUUCAGGUUUUGAAGGCCAGGUUCUGCAUGAUGUUAGAGGGGCUUCAACAUCUCCAACAAGACAUCCCAUUUCAGCCCAUCAAGUUAUGUAUGAGCUAAGAGUAUAUUCUCUUGAGGAGGCAACAUUCGGUUUAGUUCUAGCCUCACGGGCUAUCAGAGCUGCUCAUUGUUUGACUUCAAUACAGUUCUCUCCUACCUCAGAGCAUUUGUUACUUGCCUAUGGGCGGCGCCAUAUUUCACUUCUUAAAAGUGUGGUGAUUGAUGGGGAUACAACGGUUCCAAUAUACACAAUUCUGGAGAUCUACAAAGUUUCUAAUAUGGAACUAGUAAGAGUUCUACCCAGUGCGGAGGACGAGGUCAAUGUAGCUAGUUUCCAUCCUUCAGUUGGUGGUGGCCUUGUAUAUGGAACAAAGGAAGGAAAGCUGAGAAUUCUUCAGCACGAUAAUUCUCACAGCUUGAAGCAAGAUAGAUCCUAUUUUCCUGAUGAGAACAUGUAUGAGGUUCCUUCAUAUGCAUUAGAAGGCUGA